AGGCGAAAACCAUUAAUACAACCAUGUCCAAUUGGAAUCUCUGUUUGAUUUUUCUCUUCAAAAUUAUGCGUUUCUAAGGCCCUCUUUCUCUCCCCCACUUUCUGGGGUCAUUUUCUGAGCUGCGAUCUCUGUUUUCUCGGGAACUUAUCGUUGCCGAGAUGGGCCGUGAUUUUCCAUGGCUCUGGUCUUCCUCAGGUGUCUCUCCCUUCCCUCCCUCUGUCUUUCUGAAGAUGUGUUGACUUUUAGUCUUCAUUUUUUCUGGUUAGCCUCAGAAUAUCUCAAUGGGGUCUCUCGAAUAGCUGCCAUGACAUUCGUAAUCUAGAAGCUUUGCUGAUCUCAUUUCCUCUAAUGAGCUUGAAUUUUGGUGUAAUAUUUAGUAAAGUUUUUCGAAUGAUGUUGUUACGUAGCUAAAGGGGAGGGAUUCAGUGUUAGUUUUUUCUAAAAUGACUUUGUCGGUAUUGCUUGGGAGCUGGGAAAGUAAUGAUGAUAAGUGAAUUGUGAGGGCCAGAGAAGGAAAAAGGGGCCACUUAGUCAAGUCAACCGAUAAGUUCGCCUUUGCUGAAUUGAGUUCUUCAGACUUCAAAAGAACUUCAACACUUUCCAGGUUCAGAACCCAUUAAUUUUACUGAUACAGCAUUCUGAAUGAGAAUUCUUUUUCGGCAGCUCAAGAUUUUCAACAUUUCGUUAAGAAUCUAGUGCUUGGGCAUUUGAAAUUGAAUUAAAAUAGCUAUCAAAGCACUCCUCAAUCAGGAUUCUGGGGAAAUUUCUGCAACCUUUCUGUCAACAUUAGUCAGUGUCGUUGUCAGCGUUUCGUUGGACAAUGACGAUUUUAGCUUCAUAGCCUAACCGUGUCUCAAGAUGAUGGUACUGGAUGCAGUCUCUUCUGCCACGUCUGGUCCUACUACUGAAGUUAUUUCUCAGCUUUUAGAUUCCAUUUUUGAACUUGUAGCCGCUGCUAGGGAUGUCCUUGUGAAGAAGGAGGGUUUUAAUGAACUUGCAGCUUACUUGGAAAGAAUUGUACCCAUCCUAAAAGAACUGAGGAAUAAAAAAGUCAGUGAUAUUGAGACAUUUAACCGCACCAUUGACAUUUUGAAUCGUGAAAUUAAAGAGGCAACUAAACUGACACAAGAAUGCAGCAAGAGGAACAAGGUCUAUCUCUUAUUGAACUGCAGGUCUAUCACAAAGCGUUUAAAGAAUGGUGCAACUGAAAUCAGCCGUGCUCUUGGACUUAUUCCUCUUGCUACUCAAGAUCUUUCUUCUGGAAUAAUUGAAGAAAUUAAAAUACUCUGUGACAAUAUGCAGAAAGCUGAGUUUAAGGCAGCCAUAGCAGAAGAGCAGAUUUUGGACAAAAUCGAGUCAGGGAUACAUGAAAAGAAUGUUGACCGCUCUUAUGCCAAUAAUUUGUUGAUUCUCAUUGCACAAGCUGUCGGCAUAACAAAUGAGAAGUCAACAAUGAAGAAGGAACUGGAAGAAUUCAAGAGUGAGGUUGAAAAUGCCCGUCUAAGGAAGGACCUAGCCGAAGCAAUACAAAUGGAUCAGAUCAUCGCUUUGCUUGAAAGGGCUGAUGCAGCCUCAUCACCAAGGGAAAAGGAACUGAAAUACUUUGCAAAACGCAAAUCUCUUGGAAAUCAACCCUUAGAUCCUCUUCAAUCAUUUUAUUGCCCCAUAACUCGAGAUGUUAUGGUGGAUCCCGUUGAAACUUCUUCAGGGCAGACAUUUGAGAGAAGUGCCAUAGAAAAGUGGUUUGCAGAAGGAAAUAAUAUGUGUCCUCUGACGAUGACUCCUUUAGACACAUCAGUUUUGCGACCUAAUAAAACCUUGAAACAAUCAAUAGAAGAAUGGAAGGAUCGAAAUACUAUGAUCAGGAUUGCCUCAAUGAAAGAAAAAAUCCAGGCAGGAGAGGAUGAAGAAGUGUUGCAUUGUCUGGAAACUCUGAAGGGAUUGUGUGAAGAAAAAGAUCAGCACAGAGAAUGGAUGAUAAUGGAGAAUUACAUACCAGUUCUUAUCCAGGUUCUUGGCUCCAGAAACCGUGACGUAAGGAAUGAAGCUCUUCUCAUCCUUUUCAUGUUGGCUAAGGAUAACGAUGAUGCCAAGGAAAGACUUGCAAAUGUUGAUAAUGCAAUUGAAUCAAUUGUCCGUACUCUUGGACGUCGUGUGACGGAAAGGAAAUUGGCAGCAGCUUUAUUGUUGGAGUUAUCUAAGUAUGAUAGAUUACGAGAAUACAUUGGAAAGGUUCAAGGUUGCAUACUACUAUUAGUGACUAUAUCUAGCAGUGAUGAUAACCAAGCUGCCAGGGAUGCUGCAGAACUACUGGAGAAUCUUUCAUACUCUGAUCAGAAUGUUUUGCAGAUGGCAAAGGCAAACUAUUUCAAGCAUCUGUUGCAGCGCCUUUCCUCAGGACCAGAUGAUGUAAAAUUGCUGAUGGCCACUACUUUAGCAGAAAUGGAGUUAACCGACCACAAUAAAGAGUCUUUAUUCGCAGAUGGUGUUCUGGAUCCUCUUCUUCACUUGGUCUCAUACGGUGAUCCUCAGGUGAAAACCAUGGCCAUUAGAGCUCUUCGGAACCUAUCCAGUUUAAAGAAAAACGGACUGGAAAUGAUUCAAAAAGGAGCAGCGCGCCCAUUAUUUAGGCUUCUUUUCCAGCGAAGCUUACCACCCUCAGUUUUGUGGGAACAUGUAGCUGCCAUAAUCAUGCAACUUGCUGAAUCAACCAUUGCGCAGGAUACCCAGACACCAGUUUUAUUAUUUGAAUCUGAUGACGAUGUUUAUAACCUCUUUGCCUUAAUUAGAUUCUCAGGGCCUGAGGUGAAGCGAAGCAUUAUCCAGACCUUUUAUGCCUUGUGUCAAACCACAUCAGCUUCAUACAUAAAGACCAAGCUAAUAGAGUGCUCUGCUGUUCAAGAACUGGUUCGAUUUUGUGAGAACGAAAACCUUGAUCUACGAGCAAGUGCUGUAAAACUGCUGUCAUGCUUGGUUGCAAGUUGUGAUGAGGCAAGCAUUCUGGAGAAUGUAAACCAGAAGAGUUGUGAGAAUUUAGUACGGAUCCUUAGAUCUUCUUCGGAUGAAAAAGAACUUGCUUCUGCUAUGGGCAUAAUAUGCCAUCUUCCUGAUAUUCCCCAUAUCUCUCAGUGGUUUCUGGAUGAUGGUGUACUGCCCAUCAUUUAUAAGUAUAUCCAAGAAGGGAAAGACAAAGAUCUCCAAAAGAAUAACUUGGUAGAAAAUGCAGUGGGCGCCCUAUGUCGUUUCACAGUCCCAGCAAACUUGGAGUGGCAAAAAAGUGCAGCAGAAACUGGUAUUAUAACUAUUUUAGUACAGUUGCUUGAAUGUGGAACCACAUUGGCAAAACAACGUUCAGCAUUGUGUCUUAGUCAAUUUUCAAAGAGUUCAGUUGGGCUGAGCAAGCCAAUUUCUAAGCACAAGGGUCUCUGGUGCUUCUCCCCUCCUGCAGGAAUGAGCUGCCCGGUUCAUGGAGGAAUCUGUUCUGUCAAGUCAUCAUUUUGCCUUGUAGAGGCUGAUGCAGUGGCACCUCUAACAAGGACUCUCUGGGAUUCUGAUCCCGGAGCAUGUGAGGCUUCUUUGGAUGCACUCCUGACUUUGAUUGAAGGUGAGAGACUGCAGAAUGGUAGUAAAGUGCUUGAUACAGCAAACGCCAUACCAGCAAUGAUAAGAUUUCUCAGUUCCCCAUCCCCUGGACUGCAGGAAAAAUCUCUUGAUGCUUUGGAGAGGAUUUUUAGGUUAAUCGAGUACAAACAAAAGUAUGGACCCUCAGCUCAAAUGCCCCUAGUUGACUUGACUCAGCGUGGUAAUAGUAGCAUGAGAUCGAAGGCGGCUAGGAUAUUGGCACAUCUAAAUGUGCUUCAUGAUCAGUCUUCUUACUUCUGA